AUGAAAGAAUAUUGGAAAGAGUACGAUUAUGCCAAAUCAGUGAAAUGCCAAUUUAUUACUCUAUUCCCACCAAGUGAGCUUAUUGUCGAGUUGGCGCGUCGAAAACUAUUGUUAGCACAUCUAUUACAUGAUGCCAACUUGAUGCGAGUACAUUGUGGGUUGGAGCCUCAUCCAAUUUCUUUCCUAAAAGAUCAUCCUCUUGUAUUCGAGGACUACAUCGAAUAUCUUAAAGCCUCCAUCAGAGACAUUCCAGAGAAAAUCGAUCGUCUCAUCGAGGAGGAGAUGACAUUCAACAAAUUCUCUCCAUUGUUCUGGCUUCCAACCGUCGUUACUGAUAAGAACCUCGCUGUAUUCCUCGAAAGUGCCAAGCGUGCUCGACUCUUUCGUUAUUUCAUAAAGUACGUGUUUUCCAAGGAACCUGAAUCUCGGGUCAUCUCGAAACUCAAGAACAAGAGAAAUGAGCCUGCUGGUGAUAUCAUAAGAAAGCUUGCCAAUCGUAUCAAGUUUAAUGACGUCAUUCUACCAGAUGGUUCCUCGAUUCUAGAAAAUGCUAUUCAUCGUGUCGAGUAUGAGUAUCAUGACAAGACGAUAAAUAGCAACUCUAAUUGCACUGUCUUCAGAAAUGACAGAAUACGGGUUAACGGAGGGCAAGUAUAUAUAUGUUCUUAUCUCUACCAUCCGAUGACAACAUCAACGAUGACGAUGACGUUGAUCAAAACAACAACAACAACAAACAACAACAACAACAACUACAACGACAACGACAACGAUGACGAUGACAACAAUGACAACAACAAUAACAAUAAUAAUAACAAACGUAAAGUUGCACCAACCAGACGAGUCGCGAAAAAGCCACCAACCAAAAAAGAUGUACUAGAAAAGAGAAAGAGAGUCUGGAAGAAAUCUGGUCCUGUAUACUGCCAAUACGUAUACCCAGACGGGACGGAAUGUGGAAAAAAAGUAUCCAAUAUUGAUAAGGUAUUGUUUGGGAGUCCCGAAGAUGCUCCUUAUUGCAGUGUCGCUUGUAUCUUUCGUUCCCAAGAAUUGAAAUAUUUGCGCAAAAAUACAUGCAAAGCAACGACCACCAACGGAGAAUUAUGUGGUGAAGGCAUUGCCACAUAUGCACGCAACAAGACCAAAUGCCAUUUCCAUCACUUGGAAAAGAUCAGACGAAAGCGACUCUACCGGAAGAAGGCGGUCAAACCUACACUUGAGCCAUUGGCUAACAAUUCUCGCACCAAUAAUCAGUCACAAGUUGAAGAAGAAGAUUAUGAUGAUAAUGAUUAUGGUGACGAUGAUGAUGAUAUAAAAGAUGAUAAAAAGAGAAAGAGAAAACAACAAUCUGUCAUUAAUCUAGAUGACGAUGGCGAUGAUAUCAAAUCUAUUCUAACAAAACUAAAAAACCAAACAAAUGAUAUGAUUAUGUUAUCAAAUAAUACUCUGACUCUUCCUACUACAACAACUAAAACAACUAAAACAACAACAAAAGAUAUAGAGGUAAAAAAAUAUGAUAAACCUUCAUCACCAUCUUUGCCAUCACCAAUAUAUAUAAUUGAUCAAGAUGAAAUGACAAGUAUAAUAGAACAAAGAGACUUUCCACAUUAUUGGUUAUUACCACAAAAAGAACCAACUAGAGUUGUACAAUGUGAAAAGGGAACAACCGAAUAUUAUGAAAUUGCCACUCAUUUCAAAGAAACGCUACCUGGCAAUACCAUAGAAAAAGUAGAGAGAAUUCAAAACAAAAGACUAUGGAGGUUCUACAAGGCCAAAGCCGAUAUGUUGGCCAAAAAGUAUAAUGUAUGGAACCCUUCCAUCUUGGAGAAUCAAUUAUAUCAUGGAUGCAAACAAGUAGUACCAUCGGUCAUUUACGACUCUGAUAUUGGAUUUGAUGUCAAAUUCUCUGCCAUUGGCUCUUAUGGCAAGGGUCUCUAUUUUGCUCAAAAUGCCUCCUAUAGUCAUGGUGGCUAUGUUCAUCACGUCCCAACAACUGGUAAAUUACAAUUAUUCUAUUGUCGUGUAUUGGUUGGUCAUAGUUCAAAUAAUCAAGCUCUAUCCAAUAUAGAUUUAUUAAAUACCUAUGAUAGUUGUAAAGGUGGUGGUGGUCAAAUGUUUAUUGUUUAUGAGAAUGGUAGAGCUUAUCCAGAAUAUUUAAUUACUUAUGUAUAA